AGGAAAACCUGGCGCUGCUAAUCUAAUAACCUUGAUUCAUCAUUUCAUUUUGAAGAAGAGAAAAAAAAAAAAAGGUUAAGAAGAAAAGAAAAAAAGGGUUUAAUCAAGAAAUAAAAAAGAUGCAGCGACUGAAAUCACUGUCACUAGUGACGCGUUCGUCGCAAAAACAGUGCCACAAGUUCUUUGCCACAGUUUCUGCUCAACGUGACAAUUACCCUCAACACAAUCAUUCCCAAGAUGAGGUGUUGGUGGAAGGAAGAGCAUUUUCAAGAGCUGCAAUAUUAAACAGACCAUUUAAGCUCAAUGCAAUUACUACCUCUAUGGCUGGUAGGUUACAAAGACUUUAUGAGUCAUGGGAGGACAACUCACAAAUUGGAUUUGUCACAAUGAAGGGUAGUGGUAGGGCAUUUUGUUCUGGUGCGGACAUGGUAGCCAUCUAUCGUUUGCUUCAAGAAGGCAAAGAGGCUGAAUGCAAAGAAUCUUUCAGGAAGUUGUAUCAUUUUAUAUACCUUUUAGGAACGUAUUUAAAGCCAAAUUUGGCUAUAUUGGACGGUAUCACGAUGGGUGGUGGUGCAGGCAUUGCUUUUCCUGGAAUGUUCCGCAUUGCAACUGACAAGACUGUUUUUGCAACUCCGGAAGUUCAAAUGGGAUUUCAUCCAGAUGCAGGGGCUUCCUUUUAUCUUUCUCGACUGCCUGGUUAUCUAGGUGAAUUUUUGGCUUUGACUGGAGAAAGGCUUAAUGGUGCUGAACUCGUUGCCUGUGGCCUUGCUACACACUAUUCAUUGAAUGCAAAACUUUCUUGGAUUGAAGAACGCCUAGGACAAUUGAUGACAGAUGACCCUUCUGUCAUAUCAGAUUCCCUUGCUCAAUAUGGCGAUCUUGUCUAUGUAGAUAAGAACAGUGUGCUUAACAAGAUUGACAGAAUAGACAGAUAUUUUUGCCACGACACAGUCGAGGAAAUUGUGGAUGCUUUAAGAGAAGGAGAGUCUCAUGAUGAAUUAUGUUCGACUGCCCUAAAGAAGCUGAAGGAAGCUUCCCCAUUGAGCUUAAAGAUCACUUUACAAUCUAUAAGAGAAGGUAGAUUCCAACCACUUGAUCAAUGUUUGGCUCGUGAAUAUCGUACAUCGUUGCAUUGCAUCUCCAAACACGUUUCUGGAGACUUUUGUGAGGGUAUUCGAGCAAGACUAGUUGACAAGGACUAUGCUCCUAAGUGGGAUACUCCAAGUUUGGAAGCGGUGAGCAGAGACAUGGUUGACUAUUAUUUUGCACCACUUCCUGAUUCGGAGCCAGAACUGAACUUGCCCACAUCCUUGAGAGAACCUUUCAUGUGAAAAUCGUGUUUCAAGUUCCAAUUUCAAAUUAACCGGAGGAAUAUAUGAAUUAGGUUCUGCUCUUUUUGUUUUUUCUGUGCAACUUCUUCCCAUAAAAAAGUGCCACACUUUUCAUGUUGGCAAAAAUUGUACGGUUAUUGUCACCACCACUACUAUAUAUUAGUUAUACUGAUUUUUGCCUCUUAGAUUCUUUAAUAUUAUAGUAAUGCCAUUUAGUUAUUGGACA